AUGGUUUAUAAGGGGAUUCUUGAUGGUGGUGCCAUGGUGGCGACGAAGGUGCUCAAUCUAACGCAAAGAGGUGCUUCGAGGAGCUUUAUCUCCGAAUGUCGAACUCUAGGAACCAUUAGACACCGAAACCUCGUAAAGAUACUAAGUGUACGUUCGAGCGUGGACUUUCGAGGAAAUGACUUCAAAGCUCUAAUUUAUGAGUUCAUGGCUAAUGAGAGCUUGGAGCGGUGGCUGCACCCUAGGACUAUAGGACAAGAUGAUGAGUGUAGCAAAUCAAGAAAUCUUAGACUAGUGCAGAGGUUAAACAUUGCCAUCGACAUAGCUACUGCAAUCGAAUAUCUCCAUAAGGAUUGUUAUCCAGCAAUCGUUCAUGGAGAUUUGAAGCCAAGUAAUGUGCUUUUGGACAUUGACAAGGUGGCUCGAGUUGGAGAUUUCGGGCUUGCAAAGAUCAUUUCAACAAUGUCUAUUGAAACCACAAGAGUUCCGGACCAAGAGUAUGGCAUGGGACACAAGGUUUCUACACUUGGGGAUGCAUACAGUUACGGCAUUCUGUUAUUGGAGAUGUUCUUUGAAAGAGACCCUUUGAAGAGGCCUUUGGGCACCAUCUUAACCUUCACAACUUUGUCCGAAUGGCUCUUCCGGAUCAAGCAAUGGACAUCAUAG